AUGCAAACGACAGCAGAAGAGGGAAGAGGGAAGAGGGAGAGGCAGCAGGACAAGGACAAGACGGGCAGCAGUUGGGCCGGCAAGUGCGUGCGUAUUGAAGGCUCAGUGACCAGCUUGAAGGAUAUGCCACGCCACCUACCCGCGCAGCCUCUAAAAGCAAGCAACCUGCUCACUCUGCUGCUGCUGACUGCGACAAUGUUGCAGGCCCGUCGCAUCUCCAGCCGGCGACUCGUUAUCCACGUGCCCGUCAAGGUGAAGACGCAUCAUCACACCCACACCGUGUACAAGGUGUUGCACGGCUCUGGCGCAGGCGGCGGUGGCAGCGGCAUCAAGCAGACGGUCUACAAGAUUGUGGGCUUCUCCGGCGAAGGUGGCGGCGGCCAUGGCGACAUGGGGCAUGGCAGUCACAGUCCAGGUCACAGUCACAGUCAGAGUCACAGCCAGAGUCACGGCAUGGGCAUGGGCAUGGGCAUGGGCGAGAUCACGUAUGAAGACAGGCAUGGCUGUGAGAGCGGCAAGGUGAUGCCAUCGCAUCGGGACAUAUUCAAUCAUUAUGCGCGCCACGACCAGGAGGCGGCGGAGGACUCCGACUAUGCGGAGGAGCGGGACGAGUUCAUUGAUGUCAGGGAUGCCUGGUUGUGA